AUGUGGAACGACAUUGACUGGGAUUUUCGGGAUGUAUGUGCGCAAUUGGACAAGCCUGUGUAUCACCGAAUGUUGGACAUUCAGAGAAAGGGUUACUCAUCCGGAGGAAAGACAUUGAAUCGACGAUGUGUUGAGAAAAGACGUAAGAGAAGAAAUGGACAGUAUUUUUGGGACGAUGUGGAUGGAGCAAUCGAGCUACGUUAUGUUCAACCGCGACAGGGUUAUAUUGCCGUGUCUUGCCCUUGGCAGCUUCCUAGGCCUAACGAUGUCGUGACAGGGAAGUAUCGGAUCGAGCCGGACUGUGACAUGAAAGAACUUAAAUAUCCUCAAGAUGUGGUGCUAGAUAGGGUCACAAAGUUUGCCGAUGUCGAAGGUAUGCCUUUCUGGAUCGAUAAACUAUGUAUCGACCAGCUAGAUGGCAGUGAUGAAAAAGAAAUUGCAAUCCAAUCAAUGGACAUGAUAUAUAAGCAAAGCGCGCUGUCGCUUGGUUUAUUAUUUGUGCGCAUUGAUUCGAAGGAAGAAGUAGAAUGUCUUCGCGAUCUGAUGUGCGGAAGUUGCGUUACGGAAUGGCAGAACCGUCGAGGAAAUGACGAAUACAGUUUGGCCGUUUCUCUCCAGAAGGCUCGGAAAGUGUUAGAAGUCCUUGAUCUGAUAGUAAAGGACAUGUGGUGGGAAAGGGCCUGGAUCUUCCAAGAAGAGUACCUCUCCGGAGUUCGCAUGCGCCUUCUUAUCCGCUCAUCACAAUCAACUCGCCUAAAAUCGUCGUCUAUGGGAUUCGGCAAUAUUCCUGGCGAGCUUGAAGUGGGAGCUGUUGAAUUCCGUGAAGAAGCCACUCGAUUCUGUCUAGCGUUUCGUCAACGAGCUGGAGUUUCGGAAGGGGAGAAAAAUAAGUGUACAGAGAUCCUGAAGAAGGCGGGAAAAUACAACAUCUUGCUCCCUCGCAACACUGCUGGCAUGACUCUAGAGGCCAUGUCGCCGACCAUCUUCGAGGAAAUUGGGAGACGGAAUAUGGAAUAUACCUCCGAUAUCCUCGCAAUCGCCCCCAACGCUUGUGACUACUCAGAACGACUGAAUACCAACAAACUGCAGCAAGAAAGGGAGAGUUUAAGUCUUUCGAUUCUCACGCUUUAUGUCCUCAAUGGUGAGAUUUUGCGCCAUAACUCGCCCCCUAGAAAACACUUUAUUGGCAAUAUAUUCGAAUUUUUGAAGCAUAACACUUUGAAUGUUGAGCUACCUCUUGAGGAGAAGGGACUUACAUUUAUCAAACAUUGCCGCUUUCCGAACGUCACGUUAUCUCGAGCUGGAAUUAAAACCAAGGGCAUCAUCUGGAAACUGAGGAAGAAAAUCGAUCCACACCAUUUUUCUACGAUGGGGAGGAUAAUCAAUAAGUGUCACCUCCAUCCGAAGAUACGUGAGAAAAUCAACAGACAUCACUAUUGGGAACAUUCACGCAAAUGCCUCGAUUAUUAUGAACAUCAAGCGCUCUGGAUUCUCGUUGAUUGGCUCCUCUAUGGUGAGAGUAGAUCGUAUCGAGUACUCGCGCGCUUCCUGAUGGAUUUUCUUGAGAAUAUCGCGCCAGAUGGUUACGUGGAAGACUGGACUUGGAAACAUAUCAUGUACGUGAUGGCAAUCAGCGUAGCUCGAGCCAUUCGAGAUGGCAGACAGCUCCGCCUGGGAUGUGUUUGCUGUGAUGAUAAGAAUUCUCCCUAUACUGCAAUUUUCGUCAGAGAUAGAGUCGAUCGGCAGAGUAACGAGUGCUUCGCUUUAACGUCUUGGGCCCCCGCAAAGGAAAUUACCCAAGGGAAUCUUCUGCUGAGCAGUUGCUCAAAAUAUACAUCUCUGGAAAUAGAUUACAAUGGCUCUGUGGAUGGGCCACCCAGGGCUGUACCAAAGAGAUGGCUAAACGGUUUAUGUUUCUUUUCUACUACUGACGCCGAGGAGGUCGUAAUUCCUUGGCCUAGAUCGAUUAGAGGUUAA